CAAUACCCUUCGCCUUCAAUCUUCAACCUUUCUUUUCCCCUUUUAAUCCUCUCUCUCUCUCUCUCUCCUCUAACCUAAAACUGAAAAAAACUUGAUUCCUCUGCAAAUAAACCCUUUUUCCCCUUUUCUUCAGCUCCUCUUUGAAUCAUCGAAGUCUUCGCUUCAAGCAAUCCAGAAGUUUCCCUGCAUUUUCAGCCGUCGUGAGGUAUAAUUUCUUCUUCUGGGUUGCUUUUUGUUUUUGAUUUCCGGCGAAAAAGGGAAGAUUUCGUCGUCGUUAUCGGAAAUUCCGGCCUCGAUGUGGCGGUCGUGGAGUAAAUCGAUGGUCCAGAUUCCUGAUAAGUCUUCUCAAUCGUCUUCAUUCUCUUGCUCCUCUUUCAAAGACGUUCAAGAACUUUUCGCUGAGGAAACCCCUAAACCUAGUUCUAGAAAGGCUUCAAUCGUCUUCCAUCGUGUUCGAUUUGUUAAUUCCUUGCUUAGAGCAUGGUCAAAUCUUCCGUCGGAUGGUCAAUCGCAGCUUCGAUUCCAACCUGAGUCUGAACCGGGGUUUAAAUUUCAUGACCCUAAAUCGACUAAAUCGCCGCAGGUACCGACGCGAUCUGAGGCUGGACCUGUUUCGGAUAAACGAAUUGUGGUUUACUUCACCAGCCUACGUGUUGUGAGGUCUACUUUUGAGGACUGUCGGACCGUUCGCUCAAUACUCCGAGGGUUUCGUGUUUCGAUUGACGAACGAGAUCUGUCGAUGGAUUCGGGCUUUGUGGCGGAAUUACAGCAAAUACUUGGUAAAAAGGAGUUGGCAUUACCGGCGGUUUUCAUCGGCGGGGAAUACAUGGGCGGGGCAGAGGAAAUCAGGCAGUUACACGAGAUUGGCGAGCUGAAGAAGCUGAUUGAAGGGUUGCCGACGGCGGAUUCCGGCGUUUGUGAGGUCUGCGGCGGCUACAGGUUCAUUCUGUGUGAGGACUGCAAUGGAAGCCAUAAAUUGUUCACGGAGAAAAGUGGGUUCAAGACAUGUACGGUUUGCAACGAAAACGGUCUUAUCAGGUGCCAUUCUUGCUCUUCUGCAACAUUCUGAAUCAUUCUGAUCCUUUCUCUUCGUAUAAUUUAAAGAAGAAAAUGGUGAAAGGGAAAAAGAAAUCAUCCCCAUAAAAGGAAACCCAAAAUCAAAAACAAAAACCAAAAAAAAAAAAAAAAGAAAAAAAGAAAAGAAAGAGGAAACUAAUUUUUAUUGACCAAUUUUUCGUUCUUUUUUUUUUUCUUUUCUUUUCUUGGAUCAGUUCUUAACAUUUUUGUACCUAAAAAGUAGCUUUUAACGAGUUUAGCUUCUUCAUAUUAAGCUGUCGCCAUAGAUUUCUCUGGUAAUAUUGUUGUUUGCAGAAGAAAGCAAUCACAAAAAUGGCUUUAAUUUCCCUCUCAUCAUAUGAAUUCAUGAUAUCUAGCUUAAAAAAGUCUGAUAAGCAUUAGAUGUUUAGAACUAAAAGUUUCAUUUGCCAUUGGGAUUGAGCUGGGCUGGCCUUGAUUUGUGGUGGGAAGGUCAUUUUUGUUUUGCUUGUAGAACCAGAAAGAGGUGGGAGGUAGACUGUACAGCUACAGUGGCAAAUAAUUGAUUCAUAAUUUGGGGAAAUUGAAAGGCCUUGUUGAUAUAAAUUAAAUAAACAAAGCUUUGGCCAUAUUACAUAUAUUUCAUUUGUUAACUA